AUGACCUUCACCAGCUCUGUGGUUUCGGUAAUACGCCACUUGAAUCGUCAAAAUCAAUUUUCACUUAGAUUUAAAAACGUUUUGAUCGCGUGCGAUGCGGAUCCUCUUGGGUUAUGUCGCUGGAUUCAACACCGUAAACGAGGUACACCACUUCAUUCCCCGACAUCUCGCGCUGUGGCGAAGUAUUUCAACACUGAUAAAUUCCCCGGAGGUUCCACCAGGGAACUGCUUUCGGGUAAUUUCUCGCGUCCUUCGUCAUCACUUUCGACUUCCAACGCCGUUGACGAUAUUCAAUUCAUCGUUUUAGGGGCUCCAGAGGGGGGAGGGGUACGUGAAAAGGUAGAUUCCAGUGAGCCUAUUACGCACCUUCCGAUUUCCUUGGAAUCUUUGGCGUGUUUGAUACAACACACGUCUAGGACUAGGAACAUUCAGAGGAAUGCGAGCGACGCGGAGCGGAUGGAUCUACUUCAGCUUCCGAGCGGCACCCGCGAUAUCCACCCUUUCCUAAGCGAAUGUGUAAAGCUUCUUUUGCCUCCACGAAGCGUGGAUUUAAUGAUUGUGGACUUUCCGCUUCGAAACUUAGGAUCUUUUAUUCAAGACUCUUUGGUAGUGAGCUCUUUUCUUCUUUCACCGGAUAGUUCUCUGUUGUUUGUGUGUUCCGCGGACUCAGGGGAUAAUAAUAAUAGUAAUGUGGAUGCGUCGUCGUCCGCUGCGGAUUUGAAGCGUUUUGCGAAGCUCAAAUUUCGUGAAUCCUACUGGAGGUCUGUGGAUGGAGGAACGAAGUAUUUUUAUGGCACUUCUACAACCGUCGUUGGGGAAGUCGGACGCGCGGUGAAUCGGAACGACUUUCCUGGAUUCUUGCCUAAAGGAAAGAGGCGCUCGCGACGGUGGAACCCUUAUGAACGACACAAAUAUCACAAAGUUAAAUUUAUUGGAUCAUCUUUUACUGAAGCUCGAAAUACUAAAGAAUCACUUCAAAAUCUGUUAAAUCGACAACAGGAAGAGGAAGAUACGCUGGCGAGGAAGAGUAAGGAACUUUUCGAGGUGUCAUUUGAAAUGGUGGAAAAACAGUCGUUUUAUUCCAAGCGUGAUGACUAA